UGCUCGGGGUUCGUCCUAGAGGUCAUCGACAUUUUGGCACAGCAGCUCAACUUUACUUACGCGAUCGUGAAACCUAUAACAGAAGCGGAUUAUGUUUUCGGAAAUGGGAAGAACGGCAACUAUUCCGGCCUUAUUGGAAUGCUACACAGAGAGGAGGCUGACCUUGCGCUCGCUACCCUCAUACCCACCCGAGAUCGUGGAGAGGUUGUGGACUUCUCCGUCAGCGUCGACUACUACAAGAAGGUUCUGUGCUUCAGAAGCAACGCUCACACCGAUGGAAUUGCGUGGAUGACGUACACAGCUAAUUUUCACCUCAGAACGUGGAUAGCAUUAAUUGGAACAACUUUAUUAUCAUCACUGGUGUUCUGGCUAGUGCUGUGGAAACAGCAAAACAUUAUUGGUAAUGAUGUAAGCCAGGAAAAAGAGAGACAAGGAUGUCCCGCGAGGAACAACUUAGGGAUGGAAGUUUCCCAAGCGUCACAAGAGGUUAAACAAAAGUUGUUGGACACUCUCUUCAUGCAUUUCGGAUGUCUUGUGCAGCAAGGAUACCACACGACCCCUCAAUCAGGCUGUCUACGGCUAUUGUUCUGGGUAUUCUGGUUGACCAGCGUCUGUCUUUACGCUUCGUACUCAGCUACUCUGACAUCCAACUUCACCUUCAGGGUUCACGCCAUACCUUUCAGUAACCUUGAAGAGGCUACGAAGAAAACUGAUUGGCAAAUAGGUCUUCUCAAGGGCACCUCUACAAUCAGCGUUCUUCAGAGCAUGGACCAGCCAUGGGCGAGCGACCUGGCCAAGAGAAUUGAAGACAACUCAGCCCUGCUAGUGCCUACGGAAGAAGAUGGUCUUCGUCGAGCCCGAACUUCGAACUUUGCACUGAUCGCGGAAGACACCGCAGUGAUGUAUUUGUUGUCUGGGGACUGCAGCAUUGAAUGUUUCUACGUGCAGGGCUUUGAUGCUUUUGGCUACAUUCCUUACAGGAAGGCUUUUCAUAGCCAGGGAAUCAUUGAUCGGAAAUUAGCACUUCUGGUGUCGGGCGGCCUGAUGAGCCGCGUCAGGGAGUCGUGGUGGGGCCAGUUCGUACCGUGCUUCAUGGCUCAGGACUUCGAGGAACUCGGCUUCACGCACACGCUCUCAGCAUUCUUAGUGCUCCUCGUCGGCAUAGUGUGCGGCGCUGUUAUAUUCUUGGCAGAAAUUUGGUACGGUUCGCGCCCAGUAUCUGGCAAUGUCAUCGAUAGAAGAUUGUCCGUUGAUUCAUUCCCUGUAGCUUAGUGAAUUAUUCAGAUAAUUAUGCCGCUGAUUAGAUAUGUCAAUUAUGUAUAAAUUACUUGUAUUAUUUUAAAAAUUAUCGAAGAUUGGCCUUUGUGGGUUCAUUUGUCUACUUUUGAGAGCUGCAUUGACUAGAAGCUAAUUUUAGAGAGCAGAAAAAGCAGAACGGAGAAAGAGAACAAAAAAACAGAAAGCAGAUGAAUUUUAGAGAACAAAAAAAAAAAAAUAAAAGAAUUCAUAAGAAUGGCCUUUAUGGGUUCAUUUGUCUAUUUUUGAGAGCAGAUUUUUUUUAUUUCAAAAUUUAGUAUGCGAGCACUGGGUGUAUGGGCAUUGAGUGCACAAGCACUUUGCGUACAGGUAUCAAGUUCUUAUAAGCAUCGGGCGUGCGGCAUUUGGCUAUCAAGACAUACAACACGUAAUGUUGGUAUAGAAGCAAAUGUUAACUAUACAAUAUUUUUGCAUUACCUAUAUAUUGACUAGAAUGAAAAUUUUCUGCAGCCCAGAUAACACUUAAUACACAUCACCUCGGAGAAGCUACAACACAAUUAUUAUGGCAAGUGUGAGAUCUGAGGCUUCCCUUUUUUUCAUUGUCACACAAAACAUUGACGUCAGUUUGCACAAACCAACCCACUAAAGCUAUGAUUCACUCUAAAACAAUCUCACAAAUUUACAUCUUAUUUAAAGAGCGGCGCGCAUCAUACAUAAAAAUCAGUAAAAAAACUAGUUGAAUCGGAUUAAUAAUUGACUUGGCUCUCUAGAUUGUACACGACUUGUAUAUGGUCUAAAGUUUCGCGUUCGUAGUGCAUAGUUAAAAUUGUACAGUUCGUGUACAGGUCUAAAUGUUAGAGUGCAUGUUCAACACUCAACAGUUUGUGUUUAGGCCUUAGAGGUUAUUUGAUGAAAAAUGAUUAACAGUCAAUCCGACAGGCAUGAAAAUCUGAAUGAAGCAAUAAUCAAAAUAUUUGCCAUUAGAUUUCAGUAAACUGAAUGUAUCCCGAAAAUGAACGCUUUGAUAGUAAUUUUAAUA